AUGAGCCCCCGAGAGCAACACCAGAUUCGUCAGGAGCGCGAGCACCUUGAAGCUCAAAAACGCAAGGUCGAGCGUAUGGAAGCUCACGAACGCCGUAUGAAGAAGCAACACGAAGAUGCUGCGCGCGCCAAGGCGGAUCGCGCCCGUCAAACCAUUCACCGAGUUACAAAGUGGCCAGGUCAAGAUGCUCAUAAUCAGCAAGGCAAGAUCCCAACGCUUGUAUGGUAUAACUCUGAAAAGAAGGCAGUAGCAUUCGGUGCAGAGGCUCAAUUACAUACUACCGAGGAGCAAGCUGAGGACCAUGGGUGGUUCCUUGCCAAACACUUCAAGCUUCAUCUUCAUCCUGAGGAUAUGCAGUCCAAAUAUGCCUUAAAAUUAGAUGCUUUGCCACCUGGCGUUGGUCUACAACAGAUCUAUUCCGAUUUUCUGGAGUAUCUCCUCAAGCAUACCAAAAUCUACUUUGAAGAUCGUAUGCUUGAUGGCAAAAAGAUGUGGGAGAAAUACGGCCCUGAAAUGGAGGUGGUCAUCGCUCAUCCAAAUGGAUGGGGCAUUCGUGAACAAACGUUUCUUCGAUCGGCCGCAGUCGCUGCGGGGUUUGCGAUGGCUAGUAAAGUUCGAUUCGUGACCGAAGCUGAAGCCUCGGUUCACUUUUGCAUUCAUCACACAAAUCUAGGAGGUGUACUCCGACCUGGGACUAAUUUUGCCGUAUGCGACGCUGGGGGAUCUACCGUUGAUACGACAUUGUACUCUGUGGCCUCAAUAUCCCCUACUCUCAAACUAGAGGAAAAACGUGCUUCUGCAUGCGUACAAGCUGGGGCUAUAUUCAUAGACUUCGAGAUGGAAAGAUACCUAAAAUCAGUUUUGACAAAGGCCGAACUAGACCCAGAGGACAUUGAAAUCUACACCAAGACAGGUGUGAAGGACUUUGAGACAUUUGCCAAACGAGUCUUCCGUGAUGAAAAGACUGAACACUCAAUUCUCUUGGCUCACUCUCGUUUCAGUAACACCACUAUUAGCACUCGUCGUGGACGCAUGACAGUUCCCGGAUCAACGAUACAAAAGUUCUUCGACACAUGCGUGGAUGAGAUCAAAAAGAGCGUUGACCGACAGCUGGAUGGUCUUGAUGUACCGUAUAUUCUGCUGGUUGGCGGUUUUGGUGACAGCGAAUACGUGCGAAACGAAUUCAGGAAGAGAUAUGAGCCAAAUGGUUCGAGGAUCACUUUGGGGAACGAUUCUUCGUCCAAAGCUGUAGCUGAUGGUGCAACUAUCUGGGGUAUAGCUAGCAGUGUGGUUUCACGCGCUCCACGUUAUUCGUUUGGCAAAAAAACGUCCAGAGAUUAUGAUCCAUUGUUACACGAUCCUCAAGGAAGAAAGGCAUAUGUUAGCCUCGAUGGGAAGUAUCGAGUUUCGGGUGGCUGGUCUGAAAUUGUACACAAGGGCAUAACAGUUGAUUCCGAGGCUAUCUGUAGUGAGAUUUACAGUCGCAUAUACGAUACCCCCUCUCCACAGUUGAACAAUGUUCAAGUGCAAUUGAUGGCGUACACGGGAGAUGAUCGGCCCGAAUGGAUGAAGGACUCGUUUGGCAGAACAUUCAACAGUUUUAAGAAUGUCUGUACACUUAGUGGGAACCUCAAUAACCUUCGAGGUGCAUUGAAGGCGAAAAAGAGCCCAUUGGGUGUGAGGUAUUGGAAGCUUAAAUAUCAGGUGUGCAUUCGUUUUGGUGGCACAGAACUAGAAAGCUAUCUCGAAUGGAGAGAGAAUGGGGUCACACGUACUGGUCCUGUAUCGAUAAUCGUCCCCCCGGAUGCCAGCUACGGCUACUAA